AUGGGCCCCAAGAAGAAACCAUCUGCUCCUGGAGGCCCCAAGCCGGGCACAAAGCAGGCCAAAGAGGCCAAAGAGGCCAAAGCUGCCGCAACUGCCGCGGCGCAGGCUGAUAAGAAGCCCGUAACGGAGGAGCCCAAGAAGCCGUCCGUGAAGGAGGUGAUUGGCGGCGCAUCAUGGACCGGCAAAUUGCCAGUCAACAUGCUCUCCGAGCAUUGUCAGAAGCAGAAAUGGGAGAGACCUGAGUACAGCAUGAACCAAAGCCGCGAAGGCUAUAUCUCCGCUGUGACGCUGAAGAAAGUCGAUCCCAAGACCAAGGAGUUGAUCGUUCUUCCUCCCAUGAAACUACCGCCGUCUCAUAAGGACCUGGGUAUGCAACCCACUGCGCUCGAGGCCCGUCAUUUCGCUGCGGCGUUUGCCCUCUUCCGCGUCUGCAACAUGCGCAACCUCCAUAUGAUGUUCCCGCCUACCUAUAAAAAGCUUUGGAAGGAGGAGUUCGCGGAUAUCAAGACUGCCGAUACCAAAGAGGGCAAAGGCUGGCUAUACGAGGCGGACCCUUUCUUAGCCAAGCAGGAACGAGAGGCCGCGGCCGCCGACUUGGAGAAGAAGAGGGCGGAGCGACUAAAAGCUCAGGCUAAGGACAAGGCCUCGUCUUCAGAUCUUGGUCUGGGAGGUGGUGAUAAACAGAGCAAGAGGAUCUGGUCACAGGCGCCCAAAGUGGACAUGGGCAAUCGCAUUCGACGAGAGAUCGAGGGUCUCUUGCGCCAACACACCGUAUGGAAUGCUUACAAUGUCAAGAUCCCUGAAAGCGAUGCUAAGGCGAUUGUGGAGGAGUUCUCGCGCUUGGGAUUCCGGCGCAGCCAUGUUGAAGAGGCUGUUACUGAAUGUAAAGACCGCGAGGAAGUGCUAGAGUGGCUGCUAGUCUAUGUUCCCGAGGAUGAUCUGCCUCGGUGGUCUCUGCCCGAGGGAUAUUCCGCCGGUGUCAGUCUUGCCCAGCAGGACUUGGCCCGAGAGGCCAAGAUCAAGCGACUGGCCUCAAUUGGCUAUCCUGUUGAUCUCUGUUCUCAAAUAUUGGACAGCAAGGGUGGUGAGGAACUUGCGGCUGCAGAGCAUUUACAGGGUACUUUGACACACGGAUCAGAAUUUAGCUCUGCAUCGAUACUCGACGGUGAUGCGGGAGCGUGGGCGGAGGAGCAAGACACACUCGAAGCCAUCUUUGGCGAGCGGUACUCUCGUGUCUCAGCCAGAGUCUGUGAAAUCCAGAGUGAGGCCUCAGGGGUUCCGGAGAAUACAGUGUUCCGCUUCCAGGAGCCUUCUUCUCAUUACCCCACGGUACCUCCGGUCAUAUCGAUCCUGGCAAAGGGAAUCCCAGCCUAUAUUCGGCUCAGCGCCAUUCGCCGAGCAGUUCAGCAUGCCGAAGAGAAUUUCUCUGGCGAGUCAAUGGUUUUCAACAUCAUGGACUGGUUGGAGUUCAAUCUGCCUGCGGUCACAGAGAAUCCCGGAAAGUUGCGCGAGAUUUCUGCAGUCACUGCCUCUUCUGCACCAGAGACCCGGAAAACCCCCUUGCGCAAUAAUCGCAAGCAGCGGAGAGGCAUCGACUGGAAGCCUUAUACGCCUCAGGGUACAUCGAUGAAAGAAGCAUGGCAAGCCAAGCAGUCUACCGCCGCGCAGAUCGAUAUGUGUCGUAAACGGCAAUCUCUACCUGCCUGGAACACCCAGGAAGCCAUCAUCGAUGCCGUGGACGCUCAUCAGGUCACUAUUAUCUCUGGUGAAACUGGUAGCGGUAAGAGUACACAGUCCGUACAGUUCGUCCUAGAUGACAUGAUCCAGCGGGGAUUGGGAGGUGCUGCGAACAUUAUUUGUACUCAGCCUCGAAGGAUUUCGGCUCUGGGUCUUGCUGAUCGAGUCAGCGAUGAGCGUUGCUCAACAGUCGGUGAUGAGGUUGGAUACAUUAUUCGAGGCGAGUCGAAAUUGAAGCAAGGUGCUACGAAGAUCACGUUUGUGACUACUGGUGUACUGUUACGCCGGAUCCAGUCUGGAGGUGAUGCCGACGGAAAUGUUGCCAGCUCACUCGCUGAUGUGUCUCAUGUGGUGGUUGAUGAGGUUCACGAACGCAGUCUUGAUACAGAUUUCCUCUUGGCUCUGCUGCGGGAUGUUCUGCGCUACCGUAAAGAUCUGAAGGUCAUUCUUAUGAGUGCUACCUUGGAUGCUGAAGUUUUUAUGAACUACUUUGGUGGUCGUAAGAACGUUGGUCAUGUCAAUAUCCCUGGUCGGACAUACCCUGUUGAUGACUAUUACUUGGACGAUGUCAUUCGGGACACUGGAUUCGCUCCUGAACUUGGCGAGGACAUGGAUGAGAACUGGGAUGCUCCUCGCGGCGAGGAAUCUCUAGGCAAAGCCCUGCGGAGUGUUGGCAUGGGAAUUAACUAUGACUUGAUCGCAUCGACAGUCCGAUACAUCGAUGCGCAAUUAGGAGAGCGACCAGGAGGAAUUCUGAUCUUCUUACCAGGCACAAUGGAGAUCGAAAGAUGUCUGACUGCAGUCAGGAGAAUGCCCAAUGCUCAUGCAUUGCCACUGCAUGCCUCUUUACUCCCAGCCGAGCAGAAACGUGUCUUCCAGAGCCCACCCAGGGGCAAAAGAAAGAUCAUUGCUGCCACCAACGUUGCUGAGACAUCCAUUACCAUUGAGGAUGUUGUUGCUGUCAUUGACACAGGCCGAGUCAAAGAAACCAGCUACGAUCCCAAAGACAACAUGGUCCGUCUUCAGGAAGUAUGGGCAUCUCAAGCGGCUUGUAAGCAGCGUCGUGGUCGUGCAGGUCGUGUGCGGGCAGGUAUUUGCUACAAGCUGUACACUCGCAAGGCCGAGUCCAACAUGGCACAGCGACCCGAUCCUGAGAUUCGUCGCGUGCCUCUUGAGCAGCUUUGUCUGUCUGUGAAAUCCAUGAAGGGUAUCGACGACGUCGCCAACUUCCUCGCAAACACAAUCACGCCGCCAGAAAGCAUCGCUGUUGAAGGUGCUCUCAACUUCCUGCACAAGGUUGGAGCCAUGGAUCACAGCCGACUGACAGCACUGGGUCGGUAUCUGUCCAUGAUCCCAGCCGAUCUGCGGUGCGCGAAGCUGAUGAUCUACGGCUCGAUCUUCAGCUGUAUGGAAUCCUGUCUCACUGUUGCGGCAAUCCUCACAGUCAAAAGUCCAUUCGUCUCACCUCGCGACAGACGCGAAGAGGCCGACGCCGCUAAGGCAAGCUUCUCACGCCCUGGCGACGGUGAUCUGAUGACUGAUUUAUCAGCCUACCAAGCGUGGUCUGAACGAACCCGCUCCCAAGGCCAUUGGCAAUCCCAGUCAUGGUGCGGAGCGAACUUCCUCUCCCACCAGACUCUGCGCGAUAUCUCAUCGAACAGAGCCCAGUUUGUCACAUCUCUCAAGGAUGCAGGUAUUCUGCCAGUAGAAUACACAGACGCAGCACCGGCCUGGAACCGCAACUCUUCCAACCGGAACCUCCUCCGGGCCCUGAUCGCAGGUGCUUUCCAGCCCCAAGUUGCACAGAUCUCGUUCCCGGAUAAGAAAUUUGCUAGUUCCGUGACUGGUACUGUGGAGGUUGACCCCGACGCCCGUACCAUCAAGUACUUCAACCAGGAUAACGGGCGUGUCUUUAUUCACCCGAGCUCCAUCCUUUUCUCUGCUCAGGGAUAUCCCAAUGCUUCGGCUUAUCUGAGCUACUUUACCAAGAUGGCGACAAGCAAGGUCUUCAUCCGUGAUCUUACCCCAUUCAACGCAUACUCCCUCCUUCUAUUCUGCGGCUCUAUCACACUCGACACGAUGGGCCGCGGCUUGGUCGUGGACGGCUGGCUCCGACUGCGCGGCUGGGCCCGCAUCGGUGUCUUGGUCUCGCGACUCCGCACUAUGUUAGAUGAGGCGCUGCAAGAGCGUAUAGAUAACCCGGCUGUUGGGUCUGCUUCUGAGGCCGGUGACAAGGUCAUUGAGGCCGUGAAGAGGCUGAUUGAGUUCAAUGGGCUUGAUCAGUGA